CCGCGCGGGGGCGGGGCGGGGCGGCCCGGCGGCGGCGGCGGCGGCGGCCUCGGCGGCGGGGGCGGGGCCGGCCUCACCCGGAAUGAAAACAAACGGCGGCCGCCGCCGCAUCCGGGCACUCGGCGGGUCGCGGCUGCCGAGGCUGUGGCGCAGGAUGGCACAAAAGAAAUAUCUCCAAUCAAAAUUGACCCAAUUUUUAAGGGAAGACAAAAUCCAACUUUGGAAACCUCCAUAUACAGAUGAAAAUAAAGAAGUUGGUUUGGCAUUGAAGGACCUUGCUAAGAAGUACUCUGACAAGCUAGAAUGUUGUGAAAAUGAAGUAGAAAAGAUAAUGGAAGAAAUACGUUGCAAAGCAAUCGAGCGUGGCGCAGGAAAUGAGCACUAUAAAACGACGGGAAUUGCCACGAUUGAAGUCUUUCUACCUGCACGGCUAAAAAAAGACAGGAAGAAUUUGCUGGAGACCCACCUGCACAUCACUGGCAGAGAACUGAGAUCUAAAAUAGCUGAAACCUUCGGAUUUCAAGAAAAUUACAUCAAAAUUGUCAUAAAUAAGAAACAACUUCAACUAGGGGAGACACUUAAGGAGCAGGGAGUGACCCACAAUGUGAAAGCUAUGGUUCUGGAAUUAAAACAGUCUGAAGAGGACGUGAGAAAAAACUUCCAGGUUGAAGAAGAAAAGCAAAAUGAAGCCAAACUAGAAGAGAAAAGAAUUCAGAGGACUAAGAGAGGACUGGAGAUCCUUGCGGAGAGAGCUGAGAUGGUGGUGGAUCCGGAAGCCACACCAUACUUAGACAUAGCUAACCAGACGGGCAGAUCGAUCAGAAUUCCUCCAUCGGAGAGAAAGGCCCUUAUGUUAGCUAUGGGAUAUCAUGAGAAGGGCAGAGCUUUCCUGAAAAGAAAAGAAUAUGGAAUAGCCUUGCCAUGUCUGUUGGACGCUGACAAAUAUUUCUGCGAGUGCCGCAGAGAGCUGCUGGACACGGUGGACAACUACGCGGUGCUCCAGCUGGACAUAGUGUGGUGCUACUUCCGCUUGGGACAGCUGGAGUGCCUGGACGACGCGGAGAAGAAACUAAAGUUGGCCCAGGAGUGCUUCAGAAAGUGUUAUGGAGAAAAUCACCAGAGACUGGUCCACAUAAAAGGAAAUUGUGGAAAAGAGAAAGUCCUGUUUUUAAGACUUUACUUGCUUCAAGGCAUCCGAAAUUACCACAGUGGAAAUGGUGAGGAGGCUUAUGAAUAUCUCAACAAGGCAUGUCAGCUCUUCAAAGAGCUAUAUAUUGAUCCAUCAAAAGUUCACAAUCUGAUGCAGUUGGGAUUUAGUGCCCAGGAAGCUCGGCUUGGCCUGAGGGCGUGUGACGGGAACGUGGACCACGCUGCCGUCCACAUCACCAACCGCAGAGAGGAGCUGGACCAAAUAAAGAAGGAGGAAAGAGAGAAGAAAAGACGCCGCCUGGAGAACAUUAACCAUUUGAAAGGAAUGGGCUACUCCACGCGAGCAGCCAAGCAGGCACUCCAUCAGGCCGGCGGGAACUUGGAGGAGGCCCAGAAGAUUCUUCUCCGUAAUCCUCAGAUGUGGUGGUUAAAUGAUUCAGCUCCGGAAAGCAACAACCGUCAACAAAGUCCUUCUCGGGAAAACAUUGACCAACUGGUGUACAUGGGCUUUGAUGCGGUCGCGGCCAAGGCGGCCCUGAGGGUGUUCAGGGGUAACGUCCAGCUGGCGGCGCAGACCCUGGUCCACAACGGAGGAAGACUUCCUCCCGACCUGCAGCUCUCGGCGGAAGACUCUUCGUCCACGCCGUCCACAUCCCCGUCCGACUCUGCAGGCACCUCCAGUGCCUCAACAGACGAAGACAUGGAGACAGAGGCUGUCAAUGAGAUCCUGGAAGACAUCCCAGAACAUGAAGAAGACUACCUUGACUCAACUCUGGAAGACGAAGAGAUUAUUAUUGCAGAGUACUUAUCCUAUGUAGAGAACAUAAAGUCAGCAGCAAAGAAAAACUAAGUGAUGAACAGAAAUAACUUUUAAGUUUCUGCUUAUAAAUAUUCUAUCGUUUUGAAGGUGUAAUGCAGGUCUUCUUCCUCUUCCUUUUUACUGAUUUUGUUGCAGAGCGCUGCUUCCUCGGCUGUGGGAGGGGCAGGCAGGGAACAGGGAUGUAGAGAGUGAGAGACGGCGGGGGGUGGGACGGGGUGGGACAGGUCAUCCCGGGCUCCCCAGCGGUGGCCUCGGGACCUGAGCCGCCUCUGACCUUGCUGUCGCCCGCUGCCUUCAGGUUCUGCUCGUGUGUCUCCGGGGAGGGCUGCAGGGGGAGCGGCUGGGGAGGGAAAGCUGGCCGUGCCUCCCACUCUUCCCCACGCCCUGCGCGCCUGCCCUCGGGAACCCACUGCUCGGUUGGCUGCUCCUUCCCAUGGCGCAGCCCUGCCUCCUGCUUCACCCUCUGCUGCAUCCUGAACGUGUCCCUUCGAUCCUCAACUGAGCUAAGCGCUUUGGGGGCCUUUUAGAGACAAGGCGUCGGCUGUAGCAGCCGCACCAGACCAUGCAGAGGCCUUCAGCCUGAAACAGCAGUGUUUUUUGUGCUUAGCUUAGUGAAGUAGAAGUUCCCCAGUGGCUCAGACAGUAAAGAAUUUGCCUGCGAUGCGGGAGGCCCAGGUUCAAUCCCUAGAUCGGGAAAAUUCCCUGGAGAAGGGCAUGGCAACCCACUCCAGUAUUCUCGCCCGGAGAAUCCCAUGAACAGAGGAGCCUGGCAGGCGACAUACAGGCCGUGGUGUCACAAAGAGGACACGACUGAGCAACUAAUGCUUAGCAAAGUAGGCACUUGAAAUUCCAGGUGGAAAUUCAGAAUGUAUAUGUAUUCAGAAUUCUU